AUGGAAAUACCUGAGGACUUGGAGUGCUUUUUUAAAGAAAUAGAAGACCGUGAUGAGGAGAUAGAAUAUCGUGAUGAGGAGAUAGAAUACAAUGAUGAGAAAAUGAGAUACAGUGAUGAAGAAAUGGUUGAAAGCUAUCAAAUCGAAUUAGAAUCAGAGUCAAGUGAUGAAGAUACUGCAGAUGAAGAACCCGAAGAUGUUCUUGAAAAAGAUCAAAUUGAUACAGAUAAUUUAAUUGAGAAGCUUAAUUCGUAUUGUUUGUGUAGAGAAAAAUGUAGUGACAAGGUUUCAUCGGAUCAAUUGCAGUCUUUAGUAUUAGAAAGCAUAAAAAUGAACAAAAAACAACGCCGAUAUUCAAUGUUAAUACUUAUAGCUUCCUCGGAUAAGGGACCACACAAAAAAUAUUUUCAAAAUAGAUAUCAACUGCCAUAUUUUGGCGAAGUUCAAGAACAACAGUCAAUGCUUCCCCAACUUCAUGGAAAUACUGGUCGUCGACCUGAUAAUGCAUUGCCUGUUGAGACACUUAAUAAAGUAAAAUCUUUUAUUAGGUUAGUUGGAGAACAACAUGGUGAAUCAUUGGCGGUUAGGAAAUAUACUCGAAAAAAAGUAGAUGGGCAAAUAACUGUACAAUAUGAAAAACAUGAUCUUAAUAAAAUUAUCAUCAGAAAGCCAUCUAAAGAUGUAUGUGACGAAUGUACUCUAUUUAAACGUACAUUAAAAGAAAGUAAUAGCACCAAUGAGGAUCUUAAUGACCAGUUUGCUACACAUGUAAACGAUUAUCAAUUGCCACAUGAUCCUCAACAACCAGGAAAGUGGUAUUAUUUAUCAUUGUUAAAGGUAUACCAAUUCGGGCUAGUAGAUGAAGGUAUUGAUCUUCAUUGGCAUAACUUGUAUACGGAAGGAAAAGCAUUAAAGAGAGCAAAUGAAGUUACAUCUAUAAUACAUUUAUUUCUUACUUCUGUAGCAGUUGACCGUGGGUUUGGUAAUACUAAAAGAGAAUAUGCAAGAUCAGAAGUUUGGUGUGUUGACCAGUUAGUUGAUAUUAUUAAUAAGAGUGCAAACAAUAAUAUCUCUAUAAAUUUGGAGGAUCAAAUAGAAUUAUUCCGUGAUUGGACUUCAGCAUUAGGUUCAUUGUACCAUAAACCUCCAGCUAUUCAAAAAUAUCAUUUUUUUCAGUUUAGCUGUGAAAAACCUGGUAUAAUAAGAGCAAAGAUUAGGUUAAAUGAUCCCUGGGAUGAGUUCUCAUUAUUAAAACCAAAUGUUAAUAUUGGAAGUCUGAGUCUUCAAAAGCUUACAGAAAAAGGUCUUGCCGAAGAAAAGCAAUUAGCCCACUUAAUGGAUCCACUCUCUCAACCUUCGAAUGAAGAGCUAGGAAAUAUAAUGGAACCACCUUCUCAACCUUUGAAUAAAGAGCAAGGAAAUAUAAUGGAUCCACCCUCUCAAUCUUUGAGUGAAGAGCAAGGAAAUGUAAUGGAUCCAUUCCCUUAA